AGCUGAGCUUGUGGUCAAGAGUUGCCCUCCUCUGGCUGCUCUGUGACUGUUCCUUGGGAAGUGUGAGCUGUUUCAUAGCACCUCUCCUCUGUGGACACCAAGUUUUGCAACUGGUCUGAAGAGAGCUCUUGGGAGAAAGAAUUUCUAAAUGGGAUCACAGACACCAGAGAGUGAAAUCCGAAGGAAUACUAAUUAUGGCACCAACAAUUCAACAGAACCAAAUCUUCUCAAUGAGGCAGAAGAUCAAACUUAUCUGGAUGAUAAGAUUGCCAUUCCAGAAGUUGCAGGACAUGGUUUCAGUUUUAGGAAGCUCUGGGCUUUCACUGGGCCUGGGUUUCUCAUGAGCAUUGCCUACCUGGAUCCAGGAAAUAUUGAGUCAGACCUACAAUGUGGAGCGGUUGCUGGCUUUCAGCUACUCUGGGUCCUUCUUUGGGCCACGAUCCUAGGGUUGCUCUGCCAAAGACUGGCCAUCCAUAUUGGGGUAGUUACAGGCAAGGACUUGGGAGAGAUAUGCCAUUACUACUAUCCCAAGGUUCCACGUGUUCUGCUCUGGAUCCUGAUAGAAAUUGCUAUUAUUGGAUCUGACAUGCAGGAGGUGAUUGGGACAGCAAUUGCCUUCAAUCUUCUGUCCUCUGGACGUAUCCCUGUGUGGGGCGGAGUCUUGAUCACCAUUGUGGACACUUUCUUCUUCCUGUUUUUAGAUAAAUAUGGUCUCAGGAAACUGGAAGCCUUUUUUGGUCUACUCAUAACAAUCAUGGCAGUGACAUUUGGCUAUGAGUAUAUAGUAGUGAAGCCCAGCCAAAAAGAGGUGGUGAAGGGGAUAUUCUUUCCCUACUGCAAGGACUGUGGGAAGGAAGAGCUUCUGCAAGCUGUGGGUAUCGUUGGAGCCAUCAUCAUGCCCCAUAACAUCUACCUGCACUCCUCCCUUGUCAAGACCCGAGAAAUUGAUCGCACUGACAGGCGGGCCGUGAAGGAGGCCAACAAGUAUUUUCUGAUCGAGUCGACCAUCGCGCUCUUUAUCUCCUUCCUCAUAAACCUCUUUGUCAUGGCUGUGUUUGGACAAGCCUUCUACCAUCAAACCAACCAGGAAGUGCACGAUGUAUGCGCCAACCACUCCACUCCCUAUCCGGACACCUUUCCUAAAAAUAAUGAGACAGUUUCUGUGGAUAUAUUCAAAGGAGGAGUUAUUCUGGGAUGCUACUUUGGAUCCGUUGCUCUCUACAUUUGGGCCAUUGGGAUCCUUGCAGCUGGUCAGAGUUCUACCAUGACUGGGACAUAUGCAGGGCAGUUUGUUAUGGAGGGCUUCUUGAAACUACGCUGGUCCCGUUUUGCCCGGGUAGUCUUCACUCGCUCCUUUGCCAUCAUUCCCACUGUUUUUGUUGCUGCUUUCAAAGAUGUCACAAACCUGACAAGCCUGAAUGACUUUCUCAACGCGCUGCAGAGCAUCCUUCUACCUUUUGCAGUCAUCCCUGUUCUCACAUUCACCAGCAUGCAACCUCUCAUGAAGGACUUUGCCAAUGGGAUCAUAGGGAAGAUUGUGAUGAUCCUGAUCACUGCACUGAUCUGCGCAGUUAACCUGUACUUCGUGGUGACAAAUAUAAUGGAUCUGAAAAAUGUGACAUUCUACGUUCUCACAGGAUUGGCACUAGUGGCAUACGUGGUCUUUGUCUUCUACCUGAUUUGGACAUGCCUCAUCUCACAUGGAGCCUCCUUCCUAGCUCGAGGUCCUCACACUCGAUUCAAUUAUGGUCUGCAGUGAUACCACAUUCCCCGAAACUGCUGGAUCUCUCUACCAGAAUGGGAAGCUGCAGCUCUUCUGGAUCUGUGUUGAGGCAAAGCAGCAGAAGUGCCAGAACAUUGAUCUCUGCUAGCAUCGGUCUCUGAGCUCAGUCCCAAAGACGGUCUCUAGCUAGCUUCAAUUAAAGAAUCCUCAACGUCUGAACAACUACAGCCAAUCAUAGAAUCAUAGAAUCAUAGAAUCACAGAGUUGGAAGGGGCCAUACAGACCAUCUAGUCCAACCCCCUGCCCAGCGCAGGAUCAGCCUAAAGCAUCUCUGACAAGUAUUCAUCCAGCCUCUUCUUGAAAACUGCCAGUGCUCACCACCUCCCUAGGCAGCUGAUUCCACUUUUGAACUACUCUGACCGUGAAAAAAAUUUGCCUAAUAUCCAGCAGGCCUCAGGUGGCUUUGGACUAGAUGGACCAUAGUUUUGAUUCAGUAUAACCUGGCUGCUUAUGUGUUACCCUGUUGAGAAAGAAGAAAACUCUUCCAAUUGCUCAUCUAUGUUAUGUCCAGGGAGGAGGACAUGGCAUACACAACUCUGUUCUAAAGGGCACUCCAGACUAGACGAUAUGCACUCACAUCACUCUAUGCACAGUUUUGUGCUUACUACUCACCCCCAUGUUGCUACUGGUUUGGUUUAGAAAUGCUCUCUGGUUUUGGAGGGAAAUGAUUCUAGCACACCCUGCCAUAACCACUGCCAUGCUGUUUUGUCUCUCAUUUGUGGCAGACGAGAGGACAUGGCACUCUUUGAAGUAACCAGCCAUGGGCUGGCUUUGCCCAAGGUUGAGUUUGCAGGCACCCUUUAAGUGGCCUGGGGCAUUUGUAUAUCAAGGGGCAUUACAUUAGUUGUGAAGGUAGCUUUUGCCCUCCAGUGUCAUACCAAAGACAGAACUAGAUCUGACAUUAAAUGCAUAGAUGUCACCAAAGAAAUCAGUUAUGCAUUUAUCUCACUCUCCCUUAGUAGAUCUCAGGGUUCCCUCAUUGUAUCCUCACAGCAACUCUGUUAGGUACAUUAAGGGAGACAGAGAUGGGCCCAAGGUCAAUAGCCAGUGCUUGUAGGGAGAGUGUUAGAAAUGCUACAGCUCAGUAUGAGCUUAGGCUAGCAAGAGAUGCUAAAAACAACAAAUAAAGGGUUCUUUGGAUACAUUUGGAGCAAGAAAAAGAACAAGGAAGUGGUAGACCCACUGUGAGGAGAAGAAAUUAAUUUAUCAGGUAAUAGAAGGCACAAUUGCUCAAUUCCUAUUUUGCAUCAGUCUUCUCUUGCAAGGGAAACUGAACACAACCUGGCUAAAAGAGAACAUAUGAUGAAGUAAGGUAGUUGCAGCCUAGGAUAGGCAUAGGGGUGGUAUGUAAAUAGCUAGUGUGUUUAAAUUAAAUCAAGUCCUCAGGGCCAGAUUAGUUGCUUCACAGGGUAUUAAAGGAACCUGCUGAUGUGAUUUCAGAGCCUCUGUCUCUCAUCUCUGUGAAUUCUUGGAGAACGGGUGAGAUACCAGAAGACUGGAGGUAAACAAAUUUUCCCAUUUUCAAGAAGGGAAAAAGGAGGAUCCAGGUAACAGCUCAACAUCCUUACUUGGAAAGGUUUUAGAACAAAUCAUCAGUCAGUCCUUGAGCAUUUAGAAAAGACAGCUGUGGUUACUAAGAGCGUGCACGAGUUCUUCAAGAACAUGUCAGACUAACCUUAAUCUCCUUUUUGGAGAGAGUUUACUUGCUAAAAUCAGGAGAGUGCUGUGGACAUAGUUUAUCUUGAUUUCAGUAAGGCUUUUGAUGAGGUUCCACACAAUAUUGUUGUUGACAAGUUUGUAAAAUGUGAUUUGGAUCUUAUUAGUGUUGCAAGGAUUUGUAACUGGUUAACAGAUUGAACCCAAAGAGUGCUUGUAAAUGAUUCCUCAUCCUCUUAAAGGGAAGUGGCAAGUAGAGUGCCUAAGGGAGCUGUCCUGGCUGGGCCCUGUGUUGUUCAACAUCUUUAUAAAUGAUUUGGAUGAAGAAAUGGGGGGAUGCUCAUUAAAUCUGCAGAUUAUACUACAUUGGAAAGUGUAGCAAAGACAUAAUCAAGAUUCAAGGUGAUCUUGACAGGCUGGAAAACUGGGCUAAAACUAACAAAAUGAAUUUCAGCUGAGACAAAUGUAAAGUUUUGCUUUUGAGUAGGAAAGAUCAAAUGCAUUUAUCUUGGCAGUAGUACAUGUGAAAAGGACUAAGGGAGUUAGUAGAUCAUACACUGAACAUGAGUCAGCAGUGUGGUGUGGUAGCUUAAAAAUCAAAUGCAGUUUUGGGCUGCAUAGUGUCCAGAUCACUCUAAGUAUUGCUUUGCUCUGCUCUGGUUAGAUGUCACUUGGAGGAGUACUGUGUUCGGUUUUGGGCACCACAUUUUAAGAAGGAUAUUGAAAAGCUGGAAUACAUCCAAAGGAGGGCAACAAAGAUGGUGAUGGGUCUGGAGACCAAACCCUAUAAGGAAAGGUUGAAGGAGCUGAGUAUGUUUAGCCUGGAGAGGAGACAACUGCGAGGUGAUAUGAUAGCCCUAUUCAAGUAUCUGAAGGGCUGUCACAUAGAGGAUGGAGCAGAAUUGUUUUCUGUCUCCCCAGGGGGUUGGACCAGAACCAAUGAGUUAAAAUUCAAUCAAAGGAGUUUUUGGCUAAACAUUAGGAUGAAUUUCCUGAAAAUUUGGGUGAUUCCUCAGUGAAACAGGCUUCCCUGGGAGGUGGUGGGCUCUCUUUUUCUGGAGGUUUUAAAGAAGAGACUAGAUAGCCAUCUGACAGCAAUGCUGACCCUAUGACUCCAUAUGCAUUUAGGCAGAUUGUGAGAGGGAGGGCAGAAAGCUGGUGUUAGGCUCCUGUGGCCCUUUCUUACAUGACCAGGGUAAUACCAAUCGCCACUUUAGGGUCAGGAAGGAAUUUUCCUCCAGGCCAGAGACUGGCCAUAGAUCCUGGAGGUUUUUUGCCUUCCUAUGGGCAUAAAGCAAGGGUCAAGGGGACAUGGGGAGAGGUAGCUGUGAAUUUCCUGGAAACUCAGCCAAGAAUUCAACAUUUGCGCAAAAACAAAGUAAACCGCAGGAUUUGAAAAAUUAAUUUAGAGGUUCCUACAUGCAAAAAAGGUUGGAAAACACUGCACUACAUGUUGUGGAAGGGAACUCAGCUGUGUGUAUGCUGGAAGCUAUAUUCUUAAUAUAACAUGGUGGUCUGUGUGAAAGUAGAGUAACUAAAGGUGAUGUGGGUAACUGUACAUUUAAUGAGUGAAUUCUGGUCGAUUGCUGCUUCUCCUGCACCUAUUGAAAUUCUCUCUGCCUUAGUCUACACAUCAUGGCCGUUUCCGCACGGCUUACCUCAACCCGGAACGCUGCACAACAUGCCGGAAAAAACGCGGAAGAUUGCGUUUUAUCGCGCGAGUUUUGCGCAAUGUUGCACAACAUCGCAAACGCGAUCCUCCGCGAUCUUCCGCGUUUUUUUCGGCAUGUUGCGCAGAGUUCCGUGUUGAGGUAAGCCGUGCGGAAACAGCCCUGUUAAAGAUACAGGAGCUCUGUGUGAGAAUAUAGCUUGCCAUCCCCUAGUGUUGCCAAGUUUUGUACCGGCCCCUGCUCUUGAACAUCAAGCAGAUAUCAGCAGAUGAUAAUGCCUAUGUCCAUUUUGUAAAGAACUUCACCUUCUCAGGGUCAAGCCACAUGAGACAAAAUACACUUGAAUUACACUCGAAUGACCCUUGAAUUACAAAAUACACUUGGAAUUACACAGGUAAUUCAAGUGUAUUUUGUCUCAUGUGGUGAGACCCUAAGUGCUGCAGAUCAAGAGCAAGACCUUCAGGUCACUUGGCAAUCCUACCAUCACAGUCUGAAAAGACUCCUGAAGAAAGCUAUUCACAGAGGCUUGACCUAAAGGGCCUCAGAUUCAGAGAAAUUAAUCUCUCCACAGCCUCCAGCUUAUCUCUGGGUCGCUGAAGCAAUUGCAUCUUGUUUCAGUUAACUGUCUUUUAACUCUGCAACUACAGCUGAAUAUUUAACUAAUGAAAUUAAAUACAUGGACUCUCAAUACAUGCUGAACUUUGUGGAAAACCAGUUUCUUAGAAUAAAGAACACAGGCAAACAGCUUAUUGUUCAAGGGAAAAA